CACGAGCAGAUAGUCCAGAUGCUACUCAACGCAGGUGCUGAUGUUAAUGCACAGGGCGGAGAGUAUGGAAAUGCACUGCAAGCAGCUUCAGCUAAAGACCACAAGCAGAUAGUCCAGGUGCUACUCAACACAGGUGCUAAUGUUAAUGCACAGGGCGGAGUGUAUGGAAAUGCACUGCAAGCAGCUUCACGAUGGGGUAACGAGCAGGUAGUCCAG